AUGCCGUUAGCUUAUAGCAGGAAUGAAAGAAGAUCUCUAUUGAGAGAGAGAGAGAGAGAGAGAGAGAGAGAGAGAGAGAGAGAGAAAAGAGAAUUGAGAGAGAGCCCUCCGGUCAGAUUCAAAAGUUUCAACGACCCUGAGCUGCACGGAACGGCGCGGGAUCAAUGGUCCAGUGGACAAGGUCAGAGCAAGUACGUACUCACUGUAUGUGGUGAGCAGCCUCCGGCGUCCUACACUUCGAUUGAGCAAUUCGAAACUCAGGUUAUUGCUCAACAUAUUGAUCUUGACGAUGUUGUCGCAAGGAGGCGGCGGUCCCGUUUCUCACCGUCGUCGCUCGCGUCCGACUUCUCGUAUCUUACGCACUUCGGGGCCUUAUUCGAGAAUGAUCAGGGACGAAUUCGUAAUGUUCCGGGCGGUCGUCCGAAUGCAACCGCAGCACCUCUCCUAUAUAUCAAAGGACGAAUGCGUUUGGGGAAGGAAAAGAAGAAAAAGUGGGAACAGAUUUAG